GGCGGAAGCGGAAAUGAGGAAGAGACCCACGUGCUGGGCUAUGUGAGGCAGGAGCGCGUGCAGCAGCAGUGAGAAAAAUGAAGAGACCGAAGUUGAAGAAGGCGAGCAAGCGGGUAUCAUGCUCCAAACGCUUCAAAAUACAGAAAAAGGUUCGAGAACACACCCGUAAACUACGGAAAGAGGCAAAGAAAAAAGGAAUAAGCAGAAAGCCGAAGAAAGAUGUUGGAGUACCAAACAGCGCACCUUUCAAAGAGGAAGUGCUUCGAGAAGCUGAACAGAGGAAACAGGAGCUUGAAGCCUUGAAAGAGCAAAAUAGGAUUACAAAGCAGCAAGAAAGAGCAGCGAAGAGGAAGAAGGGAAAAGAGGCUGAAGCUGAACCCACUCCCAAGAAAUCUAAAAAGGGGGAGAAAGCUAAAGAAGCAAAGGCCACAGCAGCUAAAGAAAAAAGUGCUAAAACCUUUAGAUGCUGUGAGCUGAACAAGGUGAUUGAAGCUUCUGACGUGAUAGUGGAAGUCUUAGACUCCAGGGACCCUCUAGGCUGCCGCUGUCCUCAGCUAGAGGAAACAGUCCUGAAACAUGAUGGAAAGAAAAAACUCUUGUUCAUAUUGAACAAAAUAGAUCUUGUUCCUAAAGAGAAUGUAGAGAAAUGGCUCAAAUACCUUGAAGCUGAAUGCCCAACCUUUGUCUUCAAAGCAUCAACACAACUGCAGGACAGAACUGUGCUACAGAAAAAGCAGAGAGCAGCUAAUGCUGUUUUGGAUCACAGCAGAGCAGCUUCAUGUUUUGGCAGUGAUUCUCUUCUACAGGCACUUUGUGAUUUGGCAAACAAGAAAGAUGACGAGAGCAUGCUCAAAAUUGGUGUUGUCGGUUUCCCUAAUGUUGGAAAAAGCAGCAUCAUCAAUAGCCUGAAAGAAAUCAGAGCUUGCAAUGUUGGUGUACAGAGGGGACUGACCAGAUGUAUGCAGGAAGUGCAUAUUUCUAAGAGAUUGAAGAUGAUUGACAGCCCAGGGAUCGUGGCGGCACCUUGUAACCCAGGUGAUGUGAUGGCUCUCAGGAGCUUGCAGGUGGAGGAGAAAGAGGAGUGUCCACUGGAAGCAGUCAGGACUCUACUCAAACAGUGCAAUCAGCAACAUAUAAUGCUGCAAUAUAAUGUCCCAGACUACAGAAACUCUUUGGAGUUCUUGACCACGUUUGCCAAGAAACGAGGCUUCCUGCAGAAAGGUGGAGUACCAAACACAGAGCUGGCAGCGACAGCAUUCCUCAAUGAAUGGACUGGGGCUAAACGUAGCUACCACAGUAGAGUUCCAGAGCGACUGGGCCUCCCCUCCUUCCUCUCUGAUACCAUGGUGACAGAUCUGCAAUCGGGUUUGGAUAUGGACAAAGUGCGGAAAGGCAAUGAGGAUGUUAUCAAAGGUGUGCGGUUUCCAAAUCUAGCAAGCAGCAUAAGUUUUAACUCAAAGGGUUUCACUGCUGGUGUGUUGAGUGUCAGUGAGCUACCUAAAGAGAUUCCGACGUCAAGAACAACAGCAGAUGUGGAGGUGAUGGACAUGACGGCCAACACAGAUGAGCCUGAGGUUGAAACCCCUGAUUCUACGAUGCUGACACAGAUAUGUCAAUCAAUACAGAAGAGCGAAGGCAAAUCAGCUAAAACUGUAAAGUUUGUCCCAAUCAACACAGACCUGACUUCAAUUCAACAGAAUAACAACAAUGAUGACGCAUAUGACUUCAACACAGACUUCAAGUAAAAUGCCGGCAGCAGCAAUGAGCAAAGUUUGGUAUCUGGGACUAUGUUUGUUUUGUUUGUGUUUAAAAAGGACCGAGAGGAAUCAGAUUCUGGGACAGUACUCAAUUUGAGUGCAUAUAAUGGAAUCUGUAUAUAUAAGGGUUUGCUGAAUUUAACUCAAUUUUGUCUAUGUAUUAAAUCAAUAUAAUUGUUUCAUCUGGUGUAUUGAGAUUUCGGUCAUUUGACAAAAUAAAAGUGUAUACUUUUGCAUUGUAUACAAAA